AAGUAUUAAUGGAGACAUAGGUAAUUUAAUUUAUUAUUAUUGGGAACCAAUACUCCUAAACCUAUUUAAUAAGUAUUGAUUUAAAGUUUAUUAUUUUACUUUAAAACAAUUGAACUUUUGAUAUAAACUACAUUUUUUUUUUUUAAAAAAUAUAUAAUAUCAACUUUACAGUUUUAUAAAAUGUAAUUAUAGAGCUAACAACUAAGCUAACAACCUAUUUAAUUUAAAUUUACUUAUUUUAAUAAAAUAAAAAGCAAUAUGUUAUGUAAUAUAAUAUGUUUUGACCAUUAUCAUUAACAAAUUAUAUGUGUUUUAGCUAAACACUGUUGUAAACUAAAAUGGCUGCAAUACAAAAACAGGAUGGAAAACAUUCUACUAAAUAUUUGAACUUAACUGAUUAUGAACGCCUUGAUAGCUACGUUGAAUCUGAAGGCGAUUUAUUAAUAAAAAAUUUAGCUUUAAAACAAGCUGAUACUCAUUUAACUUUAGAAAAGUAUAUUUUAUCUUUAAAAUAUUUAUAAUUAUUUAUGCUUAUCUGUAUAGUAUUAUAAUACAUUUUAUUUUUCACUAUUAGACACUUGAAUCAAGAGCGUGAGUUUAUUACCAGUCAUGAGUAUGUUUCCAUAACUGAGUAUACUAAAGGAGAAAUUACAUUACCAGCAUUUUGUCUUAAAGCUGAGGAAGCAUCUUCUGAUCAAAUAAGUUCUAAUGCUCAUCAUGAACCUGCUUUGACAAUUGCAGAGUAAUAAUAAUAUUUAUUAUAAUUUAUAAUAUUACAAAAAAUAAUUAAAACAAUUUGUAAUUUCGUACAAAAUUAUUUUUAGUUGUUUGAGUCGACAUGAACGUGAAUUAGCAUUAUGUGUCAAGCCUAAUAGUACCGAAACUAAACUUUUAGCAUUUGCUUUAUCAUGUAAAGCUAAUGAAAGGCUUAAACCAGACUCACGUCCAAUUGAUCAUCCAAUUAACAAUCUGCCGCAAAUAUAUGAUGGUCAAUUUUCACAUCUUAAUGCUUCACCAAUUAAAACCUCAAAAAUGAUACAACGAAAACGAAGACAGUUACUUCAAUCAUUAAAAAAACCAAUUGAGGUAAUUUUAUCUGCUAACUUAUUACUGAUUUAUUUUCUUCCUGCUGUGUUUUCCUAUUCAAAUUGAUUUAAGUAUUUAAUCUUAUAGGUUUCUUCAUUAUGUAUAAAAUUAUAGUUUAUAACAAUUUGUGCAUUGUGAUAUUUCAUGUCUGUCUAUUCCCUAGUAGGUAGUUGAUAAUACAAUUAUUUUACACUUAUAUAACUGUUAUUACUAGUGCUGAACUAAUCAGAUAUUCUGAUAUAUAACUAAUCCAUUAUUUGAAACUAAAAACCAUGAGUUGUUAUUGAAUAAAUAACUUAUAUAUAUCAGUUGAAAACUAGAUUUUUGUAUCACUUUUUUCACAUUUCAGAAACAUAAUCGAUAUUUGUCUCUGAAAAUAUCAUUAUAACGUAUUAAAAAAAAAUAUUGACUGAUCUACAAUUUUUACUCAUGUUGAUACUUACUACUAGUUAUUACAAUAUUAAAAAAAAAAAAAAUCUUUUUCAUAUAGGUAUAAAUUUGGAAAAUAGUUUAAACAACUAAAGUAAACUAGGAGCAUAGUUUUUUGAUAAGUAAAUAAAAUUGUCCUUUGUGUUUUUUUAAAUGUAUCAUUUUUGAUUAACUGUUGACUAUUUAGAUACACAAUAUAUUUGUCCACUUAUAUUUAUUGAAAUUUUCAUCAUAUUAAAAAUUAUGGUUCCAUUCAUAAAAAUAUUACAUUUACUUUAUUUUGAAAUAAUAGUGGACUUCCACUACUCAAUUGGAUCUCACCAUUAUUGUUAAAUUUCCCUUUGUACUAUAUCUUACAGCUUACAGUUUGUUAGAUUUUUUUCUUAUUUUUAGAUAUCUGAAAAACCAAUUAAACAUUUUACUAGACCAAAAUCUCUCUGGGAUGUACAAGAUAAUAUGAGUUCUGGGCUGAAAACAUAUACAUGUGAAACAUCUAGGCUUGCAGACCAAUGUAUUGGUGUAUUAAAAAUAAAAAAACCAUCAUCACAAUUUUCAAAUUAUAUUGAUGGUCAGCGGUUUGUUGCUAGUGGAACACAAAUUUUAACAAAUAAUUAUAUUAAAAUGAAUGAAGAUGAAUUAAAAAAUCUGCCAUUCUUUAAAAAUUAUCAAAAAGGAAUCCCAUCAAAAGUAAGUAUCGCCAUAGUCUAUUAAAAUUAUUAAUAGUGCACCUAUAUUGAAUUUAUUUAUUUUUUAUUUAUAUAUAUAUAUAUAAAUUUAUAAUUGUGUAUAUAAUUUUGCUUAGACUUUAUAUGUGAAAAAUGUUGCAAAAAAUGUUACCGAAAAACAUUUAAUAUCUGUAUUUGAAAAGUACAAAGAAUUACAAAAUUCAAAUAUAGUUUAUAGAUAUAUGAAAAAAGGAAAAAUGAAAGGUCAAGCCUUUAUUGAAUUUGAAAGUACGUAUUGUUUGUAUUUUAAUUUAAUUCUAAUAAGUUGUUCCAAAAUACAUUCAUAUAAAUUUCAAAUGUACAUCUGAAACUUCAAUUAAAGAAAAAAAAAAAGGAGCAAAGACAAUAAGGUUGAACUUAUUUUUUUUUAUAAUUUUUAUUCAGCAAAAAACAUGUAAUAGUAGGAGAGAUUAAUAAUUUAGAAACAGUUUUAUCCCAAAAUUUAAACCACUUACAAAUUUUACCCCGUCAUUACGGAUUAAUGAGAGGUAGCAACUGUUACCUCCACCAUUUUUUCAGAGUUACAGAUUAAUAGCUACGCUACCCUAUGAGUAAUUUUUUUUAAAAAAGUAUAAUUUUCUUGUUUUUUUUCAUAAUAGAUAACACAAGUCAUGAAUAUAAAUAUUAUACUAUCAACUAUAUUGAAUUUGAAUGUAUAUAAAAAUAAGUCAAAUGAUUACCUAUAUUUCCAAAUUUAUUUGAUAUUUGUAUACCUAAUUCUAAUAAAUAAUCGACUAGGAUAUGGUUGAUGAUCCACUGACUAAUGAAAUAAAAGACACUUUAUUGAACCACAACUGAAUUAAAAAUAUUAUUCAAGAUAUUUGCUACUCCACAAUUUUACUUCAAAUGACACCUAUGAAACCAGUAUUCUUUUCAACCAUGAGUUACUAAUUUAACUUUCUACUUUUCAAUAAAGGUAAUAAAUUCAAUACAUAUCAAACAUUAAACUUUCAGUCAAUUAAAAACAAUUAAUACAAUUUGAAUCUGUUAUAAAUUAUACACAAUUUCAAAAUCAAAAUCAUACAAGAUUACUUAAUAAACAGCACCAAUAAAAACUAUAAAAAUAAACCUGAUAAAAUAUUUAAAAAAAAUAGUAUAGUUAAACGAUAAAAUACAAUUAUUAACAACAUGGUAAAUAAAUUAAAAACAAAUAAUUCAGAAAUAGUUACGGUAGAUAAAGCUAAUGCUAUUGUUAUCAUUUACACUAAUGGAAUUCAUAAAUAGAACUGUAGAUUUUAUAAAUAAUAAUGAUAUUUAAAACCUAACAUAUGACCAACUAUAGUUUACGCUAAACAAAUUAAUAAACUGAUAACAAAUUUGAAAGAAAUCAUACCUAAAGUCUAAAAGAAAAUAUUAUUCAAAUCUGAUUACAAAGUAGAGGCACCAUACUUACAUCCAUUGACAAAAUUGCAUAAACAAGAUAAUUUGAUUUGUCCAUUAAUUAUUUUUAAAACUGCUCUAGCUUAUAACCUUGUAAAAUAUUUAGAUUCUCUCUUAAAAGAAAAAUUAAAAAUGAAUACUGAUAUUUCUAUAAAAAAAAACAAUAAUGAUUUUAUUGAUUUUAUUGAUAAAAUUAUUAUUUAACCAGGUUUCAAAAUGAUUUCUCUUGGCGUUAAAAAUUUAUAUACAUCCAUUCCUAAACACAAAAUAGUACAUUUUUUUAAAAAUUAAACUUAUACAUUGUAAUGAUUGUAUACAAACGAAGCACAAGAAAUUAUUCAAUCAAUAAAUGUAAUUAUUAAUCAAAACCCAUUUCUAAUAUAAUAAUAAAUUAUAAUUGCGAAAAGAAGGUUUAGAUAUGGGUGGUCCUUAAGUGUUCUUUUAUUUGAAAUUUACAUGCAAAAUUAUGAAACUAAUAAUAUUAUUAACAACCAAAUAUCAGUCCAUGUAUAAAAGCAUAUUAUAGAUUUGUUGAUGAUACUUUUAUUUUAUUUAGAGGUUCAAAUAGACAAGCAGAAAAUUUAGUUAACUACUUAAAUAAAAUAAAUAAAAACAUUAAAUUUACACUCAAAAUACAAUAAAUAAUAAAUUAAAUUUUUUAGAUCUUACAGUUUCCAUAAUAAAUAAUUAAUUUGAUUUUAGUAUUUACAGGAAACCUACACAAACUGAUGCUAUAAUACCACAUGAUUCUAAUUGCCCUUAUUCUCAAAAAAUAUCAUUUUUUAAUUCAAUAUUCUAUAGGUUUGACCGUAUUCCAUUAAAUAAACAUAAUUAUCAACAUGAGCUCAAUAUUAUCUAUAAUAUAGCCCAUAGAAAUAAUUUCAAUUUAAAUACUAUUAAAAAAAAUUCAUAAACGUAUAAAAGAAAAAAUAAUACAUAACUCACCAAAUAAUGUUGUUAAUUAUUGUAGUAUGAAAUAUCAAAAUAAUAUGUCUAACAAAUUUGCUAAAAUUGUGAACAAUAAUACAAAUAAUGUAAAAAUUGCUUUUAAGACUAAAAAUAAUUUGAUCAAAUAUAUAAACAAUAGAAUUAAAAAAUUCACAAAAAAUGGAAAUGCUUUUGAAAAUGCUAGUAUAUAUAAACUUAAAUGUAAUUUCAAUAAAUAUUAUAUAGGUAAAACAAAUAGAAAUAUUAAAAUAAGAUAUAAAGAACACAUUUCUGAAAUAAAAUUAAAAAGGUCUACCCCUAAUUCAAAUUUCGCUAAACACGUUUUAAAAAGUAACCAUAAUAUAAACUUUGAUAUUAAUACAGACUUAGAGAUAUUAAAUAUCCAAAAUAACAUUUACAUUAAUUCAGUUUUAGAAAAAUUACAUACAUACAAGAAAAAUAAUUUGAAUAUUUUAAAUGUACAAACUGACUUUAAAAAAAAUAUCUUACAUCAAUACAAUUUAGACAAUAAAUAAUAACCAAAUAAUUUAUGUUUCUUAAUACAUCUAUGUCUAAUAAUAACCCAUUUUAAAUAAUCUCUCCUAUUAAAAUAUAUUAUUUCUAUGUAAAACGACCAAUUUGUAUAAUUUUUUUUCUAUGUAUACCUAUAUUUAAUUUUUAUAUUCAGUCACAUUUUACAUUUUGACUUGAUGAUGAAUUUUUAAUUUGGAACUUGUUUUAUAAUACAUUUAUCAUAAUAUUCCAGAUGACAUAUAGAUUGAUUCAUUUAUUUUAUUCUUAUGUAUACAUUUUUUAUUAAUAUAUUUAUUUACUUUAUAUUAUAAUAGUAUAAUAAAAGAAUUACCUAAGAGACAUUCAUUCAUUCAUUUAUUUAUUCUUAUUUUUAUGUAUACAUUUUUAUUUAUAUAUUUAUUUACAAGUAUUAACCAUUUUAAUAAUUUUGUUUUUACUUUAUUAUUUUAUUAUUAAUAAUAAUUAUAAUAUUUCAUCUAUACCUUGAUAUAUAGAAAUACAUGUCAGUAAUUUAAUAUAAAAUAUUUAGGUAUUGAAAUAGCAGAGAAAGCAUUAAAAGAGAACAUUGGACUAAUAAUUGAAGGAAAGCCAUUAAUUAUUCAGUUUGGAAACAGAUAAUUAUUAUUAAUUAAAGGUAAAUAAAAACUUUGUAUAAACAUAUUUGAUAUUAUUUUAUAAGUUAUAAUAUUACUAUUGUUCCAUAAAU